AUGAAUAACAGCGUCUUCUCGGGAACCGUGGGGGAGCAGCCCACCACGCCGGCAGCCCUGGCCCCGGAUGAAAAUGGCGGGCAGCCCCCGGGCACCAGGAUGGCACAGAGGCGCGCCCGGGGCAGGCAGAUUGGGCACCAGGGCAGUUCGGAAGAGCCCUGGGUGCAUCCUGAGUCAGAGUUGCUACAGGGGACAGAGCAAAAUCAUUGUGAAGUCUUAGAGGAGAGCAAGGAUCGGAGUGGAGGACAGAUGACAGCUGGGCUCCUGGUGAGAGGCCCUGAGCAAAAGCCGGGCAGCUGGAAGACCCUGAGCCGGCACAUCCCCAGCAGCUGCGAGGGCCGAGGACCCAGGUUUCGGGAAGGUGGGCUCACCGGAACAUCCUGUCCCCCAUCCCCACCGGGGAUCCUAACUGCCUUGGAAACUCUGGCUUCCCAUCCCCACUUCAGGCCCGCCCUGCUCCUCCCAGCCGUGGUUGCCAUAGUAACCAUUAGAGACACCGAAAUCUCGCUGAAGCUGCGGAAUGGCAUUAAGCCUGGCUGA